GGCUGCGUCAGAUCCACACACACACACAAAAAAAAACCCACACACAAACACACAGAGCAGCGCUGGAACAAGAAGUCACCACCAGAGAAGAAAUAUACUGAAAUCUAGACUCGGCUGAGCUGGUUGGUGUCUGUCCACGCAGGGAAAAUGGUUAAACUGGGGAAUAAUUUCAGCGAGAAAAAUAACGGGAAGGUGGUUUCUGAAGACGGAUUUGACACCAUCCCUCUCAUAACACCGUUAGAUGCCAGUCAGCUGCAGUUCCCUCCACCAGACAAGGUGGUGGUGAAGACAAAGGCAGACUACGAUGGAGAAAGCAAGAAGGGAAAGCUACGAUCUCCUAAAAUUGCAGAGUUCUCAAUAAGCAUCAUUGAAGGCGUAUCUGAGCGACUCAAAGUGACCUUGCUGGUGAUCUGUGCCCUGGCCUUCCUGGUGUGUGUGGUGUUCCUGGUCGUCUAUAAAGUCUACCAGUAUGAGCAGCCUUGCCCCGACAGCUUUGUUUACACGCAAGGUCGCUGCAUGCCGGCUGGGAUGUAUGGCAACUACCCCCCUCAGGGACCUGGGGGCCGCGGGCGCCUCUUUACCCUCAUCAACCACUACAACAUAGCCAAGCAGACCAUCACUCGGUCAGUAUCACCAUGGAUGACCAUCAUGUCUGAGGAGAAGGUCACCCAGCAGGAGACGGAGACUGCCCAGAAGCUGGCUUAA